UUAAAAAAUAAAAAGUAAAACAUACCGUGCUAUUUUUCUUUGUUGUUUAGUGUUUACAAAUAUAUUAUUCGUUUAUUUUACUUGAUUGAUAAAUAGUUGAAAAUGAUCUCAAGUUGACUAACCGCAUUAGUAUUCUAUUCUAAUCAAUUAAUAGUGUUAUUUUCUACAAAUAAAUCAAACUUGUUCAUGACGCAAUAGCGAAAGCUCACGAAAAUGACUGACUCAAAAUCAUUUGUUAAUUUCUCUUGCCAGAGGUGUUUGCAGCCAUUGAAGCUAGAUGAGUCGUUGAACAACCUUGGUGAGCAUACUAUAGCUGAUUUAACAUUACAAAUACGAAGAAAUAAUGAGGCUGAUUUGGAGUUACAAGCGUCAAGCUUGGAGCAUUAUGUGCCACCGUUUCGGAUGACAGAAUCCGGGAAUGGCACUAAUGGCUUCAUGGUCAUUUCUGACGGAUGGGAAACCACAUCCUUGGGCCAUCAGUUGCAUGUAAAAGGUACAUUAUUUGAUUUGUUAUCGAAUAAUUCUGACGUCGACCAUCCACUAUGUGAUGAAUGUACUGACACGCUUUUAGAACUAAUGGACAAUCAGUUGAGGCAAACAGAAGCGGAAUGGAAGGACUACAGCGAUUAUUUAAAGAAAUUGGAAGAUGAUAAAGAGGAUUUGAACUUGGAGGGACUGGAAAAAGAACUUGAAGAUUGGAAGCAGGAACAGGGUAGGCUGCUACAAGAGUUGUCCGCUUUGCAAAAAGAAGAGAGAGCUAUGAAGGAGGAGAUUGAAGUGCAGGAGAGAGAGAAGGAGAGGUUAGAAAAAGAGCAAGAUGUGUAUUGGAAAGAAUACACUAGACAUCGGAAAGAUCUUAUGACAACCGAAGAUCAGAUGAAAUUUUACGAGUGUCAACUCUCUUACACACAGUCGCAGUUGGAGAAACUGAAAAAGAUGAAUGUUUUCAAGGCUACAUUCCAUAUUGCUGAUUCAGGUCAAUUUGGUAUAAUAAAUAACUUCCGACUCGGCCGUUUGCCAACUGCUCCUGUUGACUGGUCGGAAAUCAAUGCAGCUUGGGGUCAGACCGUUUUAUUAUUGUCAUCAUUAGCACGGAAGAUCAAUUUCAUAUUCCAACGUUAUCGUUUAGUGCCAUAUGGCAACCAUUCAUAUAUUGAAGUGAUAGAAGAUCAGAAAGUGUUGCCAUUAUAUGGAUCAGGUGGAUUUCGGUUCUUAUGGGAUACAAAAUUCGAUGCUGCUAUGGUAGCAUUCCUCGAUUGUCUUCAGCAGUUUAAAGAGCAAGUGCAGAAAGGGAAUAGAGGGUUUUGUUUGCCAUAUAGAAUAGAUAAAGGAAAGAUAGAAGACACUGCAUCACCACCACACGCAUACUCUAUUAAAAUACAGUUUAAUUCAGAAGAACAUUGGACAAAAGCCCUCAAGUACAUGUUAACUAACUUAAAAUGGGCUCUGACAUGGAUAUCAUCGCAAUUCAGUGAAGAGAGAAUUGAAAGUUAAAUAUAUAAUGUAUUCUUUUCUGUGAUAUUGUUUUAACUCCUGUAUGAAUAUUGUUGAGAUUUUAAAAUAGUUAAUAAACAAGAACAAUAAAAUACUGUUUCAAAUAUUAUAUUCAACUAUCCUUGUCAUCUAGAUAAAUAUUAACUUCCUUAUUUAUAAAAACGCAAAUCUUUCUUAUAAACCUCUUUUUCUAAUAACCAUAUUAUGUUAAUUAGAAGGAAAAAGACAAAACACUGUAAUUAUUAAAAUAGGUUUCUAAGAAGUUUUUAUUUUUAUGAAUAAGGAGGAUACUUCACAUAACUUUUAUAUCUGUUAAUGUAACUAUUACAUUAUCAUAUAUAGGAUUUAGUUACAUGAGUUUGUCAAUUUAUGAACCUAAUAAUAUUCUUUAAUAUCUGAAUCUAGUUAUACAAUAUUUUGAAUAACUUGUAUAAUAUAAAUAUAUUAUUUUUAAUUUCCAUUGACAUCUGUUACAAUAAUGUGAUCCAAUGUUCAAAUCCUAUACUUGAUAAUGUAAUAUACUUAGUUUAUUCUCUUGUUGUGAUAAUAUAUCUGUGAUUCUGUUAAUGUAUUUUGUUUAUCAUAGAUUACAUAAAAAUAAUGUCAGUCAUCAAACUAACUGCAAUGUAUCAUAUACAUGUAUAAUUUUUAUUUUAGAAAAUUAAUAUGCUGUAUUUGUUUUUCGUGAUUACAAUA